UGCGUACAUAGAUACAUAAUAUAUUGUUACCUUGUAAUAUGAACAUACGGUAACACCCUCUAACUGUUACGCAAAAUAGUAACACGAUAAGUUGUCAGAGAUCUUGAUACAUUUCUAAACAAAUUCCUUCUAUAACGUGUUCAUACAUUAUAACAGUGUUGAGCCGCAGUUAUGAGAACCUUGAGGUCGGCCGACCUCGUUGACUAGCUGCCUUGCAACCUGUAUUGCUUAGUAGUAACAAAACUUCCUGACCAAGCAGUCACGUACCAAUGUCUGUAAAGGAUGAUUUUACGGAUUGUGAAACCAACGUCCGACUUGAUGGGAAGGUGGCACUGGUCACAGGAGCAACUGCUGGAACCGGCCUAGAAAUAGCGAAGAACUUAGCCAGAAGAGGCGCCAAAGUCAUCAUCGCAAGCCGAAACCCAAGCAAACUGGCAGAUGCAAGAAAUGCUAUCAUUCAGGAUUCUGGAAACCGGAAUGUCGUCACCAGGCAGAUGGACUUUGAGUCCCUGAAAUCAGUCAGAAACUUCGCGGAUACAACAUUAAGGACAGAACCCCGACUGGACAUCCUCAUCAACAAUAUCGGAGCUAUUGGCUUAGAUGACAGACUGACAGAAGACGGUCUACAGCUGAUGAUGCAGAUUAACUACUUCGGAUCAUUUCUGCUGACGUUCCUGCUGUUUCCACUCCUGAGGAUAUCAGCACCAAGUCGAGUGGUCAACGUCUCCUCAUUAGCACUGAUUUUAGGAACUAUAGAUCUGGAACAUUGGAACGAUGUAGGACAGUACUCCAAUUUCGGAUACUAUUGCAAUGCGAAGUUAGCUGAUGUACUGUUUACGGUGGAAAUGGAGAAGAGGAUCAGAGGUAGUGGAGUGAGUGUGUACAGCAUGGACCCUGGACUAGGGAAGUCAGAGUUCUUCAGGAACUUUGACAAUGCGUUUAUAAGGAACGUGCUCAACGCUGCGUUGUUGAAGUUUGGAAGACCACUACCAAGAGUUGCGACUAUGGCUGUGUUUCUGGCUGUGGAUCCAAAGUUUGAACGUGAAAGUGGAAAACAUUUUAGAGAUUGCCAUGAGUUCUACAGUUCUUGGUUUGCAAAUGAUACGGUGUUGUCUAGGAAUAUGUGGGAAGAGACCAAACGACUUGUGAGGAUAACAGGAGAUGAGGAUUGGGAGGCGCGAUACUACAGAAGGUGAAGUGUUUUUUAUUUUAAUUUUAAAUAAAUGUUUUUUUAAAUAGAAGGCUGUUGUAUUAAAAUAAAAAAACUGUUCUAAGAAGCAAUAGUUUAAAUGUUA